GGCGGAGCUGUUGUUCCUGCAAAAACCAUUUCAUUUGUUAUAUCAUCAACACCUGGGCUAAUAUAUUUCGCAAAGGUGCCUAGAAGCCGAUGUUUUCUGCAGUGGCCAUGGAAGCCACAAGGAGACGCCCUAAGCACAGCUCUAACAGUGUUUCACCUGAUGUAACGGAGGAGCCUGCUGGGCAGUGGGGAAGAGCAUGGUAAGACAAAGCUUAACUACGGGAGGUGGACUGGUUUUCUCUGAGCGGCGUGAUCCUGCUGCUAUGCACAGCCCCCUUCCAGGUGUUCUUCUUUGUCAUGGCCUGUGACCAGUACCAGUGCUCUGUCACCCAGCCCCUGGUCGAGCUCUAUAGCGGGGAGGCCACCCUGGGCUCCAUUUGGGACAAGGCUCCCUCCUUUACAUGGACCGCUGCACAGAUCUACACUGCUUGGGUGUCCUUACAGGUCGUGCUCUACAUGUGCGUUCCAGAUAUAACUCAUAAGUUCCUGCCUGGCUAUUCAGGUGGUGUUCAGGAUGGAGCUCGUACCCCAGCAGGCCUCAUAAACAAGUAUGAGAUCAAUGGUCUCCAGUCUUGGCUGAUCACCCAUGCCUUAUGGUAUGCCAAUGCUAAGUACUUUCACUGGUUUUCCCCAACCAUCAUCUUUGACAACUGGAUCCCGCUCCUCUGGUGCACCAAUAUAUUGGGCUACUCCGUGUCCACCUUUGCCUUCAUCAAGGCCUACCUGUUCCCCACCAAUGCAGAAGACUGCAAAUUCACAGGCAACGUCUUCUAUAACUACAUGAUGGGCAUCGAGUUUAAUCCCCGCAUAGGGAAAUGGUUUGACUUCAAGCUGUUCUUCAACGGGAGACCUGGUAUCGUUGCCUGGACGCUCAUUAACCUUUCCUACGCAGCCAAACAGCAAGAGCUCUAUGGAUACGUGACCAACUCCAUGAUCCUGGUCAAUGUGCUGCAGGGAAUCUAUGUCCUUGACUUUUUCUGGAAUGAAGCAUGGUACUUGAAGACUAUUGACAUCUGCCAUGACCACUUUGGCUGGUACCUGGGCUGGGGCGAUUGUGUGUGGCUGCCCUUCCUAUACACCCUGCAGGGCCUGUACCUGGUAUACAACCCAGUCCAACUCUCCACAGCCCACGCUGCCGCUGUCCUCCUCCUGGGUCUGACGGGCUACUACAUUUUCCGCUCGGCCAACCACCAGAAGGACCUGUUCCGUCGUACCGACGGGAAGUGCUCCAUCUGGGGGAAAAAGCCCACCUUCAUCGAGUGCGCCUACCGCUCGGCCGACGGCUGCCUGCACCACAGCAAGCUCAUGACCUCUGGCUUUUGGGGCGUUGCCCGCCACCUCAACUACACGGGUGACCUGAUGGGCUCGCUGGCGUACUGCGUGGCAUGCGGCUUCGGACACAUUCAUCCCUACUUCUACAUUUUCUACAUGACUAUCCUCCUGGUGCAUCGCUGUGUAAGAGACGAGCACCGCUGCAGGAGUAAGUACGGAAAAGACUGGAAGCGCUACACGGACGCUGUUCCCUACCGUCUUCUUCCUGGAAUCUUCUAGAGUCCAGAGAGAGAUCCAAGGAAUCCUGGGCACCUGAAAGAAAAAACGUGUGUCCGUGUGUGUUAGACCUAAAACACACACACUCCUCUGCAACACAUUUACCAUGAAAUGUGAACAGUUUGUCUAACUAUACUCAUGGGGACCAUGAGGCAAAAGUCAAUUUCCGGCAAAGGGUUUAGGUUUAGGGUCAAACUUC